GAACCCAGCGCCAUUUUGCAGCCAAAGCUCUUGUCUCGAGUUCAACCUAUUGCUGCUGAAAGAGGAGCAGAUGCGCUGAAGCGACAUUUGCAACGUCUACAGCAGGAGCAUGCGGAGCUGAAGAAGGCACGCUGGAAGUUGUUUCCUUGUUUCAAGGAGCGUGACCGGGCAGCUUCAGUGGUGGCGGGCUAUGAGGAGUAUAGCAAGUUGCUGGCCAACUCAGAUGAAACCUACAAAAUGGCAGCGAUCCCAAAACCUGCGAACACCUCUGACGAGAUGAAGAGAGAUGAAGUGCAGCAUGUUGUGGGAAGUAGGCAGAAGGAGGACACUUUUGCCUACCACCCUGCCUACAAAAGGCCGGUUGGCUUGUGUUUGGAUCGAGAUGCUGGACGACCAGGGAACGAGAAAGUUAUGCGGCAGGCACGCUUCUUCGUGAUCAAUUGCAUCCAUUGGCUUUGUUUUUUUGGACUCGAUCGCAUUUGUGGCAGGCGUUGCGCCAUCAACUGCAACGCUGGGCUCUUCUCUCGCGGAGGUUGGCUAGGCAUCUUCAGUGCCCGAAGUCGAAACAACGAGUCAGUAGUGGAUUCCAUCGGGUUUGGGGCAGGCGGCUACGAUGCCGGUUGCUACAGUUGGAUAGGCAUCUUCCGUGCCCGAAGUCAAAAACAAAGAAGUCAUGACUGGAUUCCAUCAGAUUUGGGGCAGGCGGCUCUGAUGUCGGCUGCUACAGCAUCUUCGGUGCCCGAAGUAUCGGAUUUGGGACAGGCGGCUCCGGUGCCGGCUGCUACAGCUGCUACUGCAGCGGCAGGAGCUCCUGGCAAUGCGGCGUUGUCGCCCUUGAUGCCCAGGAUGGCUCCAGGGGCAAUGCCAGAGGCCUCAGCUGCUGGCGAUGCGGCGUUGUCGCCCUUGAUGCCCAUGAUGGCUCCAGGGGCAAUGCCAGAGGCUGGACAGUUGGCCAUGGUUUUUCGCUGCGCUUCUUGCGAGUAUGCUUUGUCGGUGGGACCCGGUGCAGGUGACUCUGAUGUCCGCUGCUACAGCUUCACACCCAAUUGCAGGAAGUUGUGGCCCCUUCGGCCGUUGCGUCCAUUCCGGCCGGCUGCCGAAGCUUCUCCGUUAGCUGCAGCUCUGCCGCCUGUGGCAGUGGCAUUGCUAACAGCUUUGCAGGUGGCCUCUGGGUUCACCUUGCAACAAAGUGCAGCGGCAGUGCACGCGAUCCAGGCGAGCGUGUCGGCGCCGCUUGUGGGUGUCAAGCAGGCGCCGUUUUCUUUUCGGGCAAUACUAGACUAUGACUUUGGUCGUCGGGAGUUGGGCAUGUGCCUUGACUGUGCCUUGACAGUGCGCAUGCCUGGGCAGCCUAUGGGUGUCAAUCAGGCCUUCGGUGCGGCAGCCAUUCCUGACCAGCCUGCCAACCAGGCCGGCGUGGAAUUCUUUGUGUUGGCAACGUUGCUCGUUGCCAUUUUGCUACCUGUCGUCGUGUCGCCUCGGAAGCGUGUGAUGAAGCCACAGCGUAUCUCUGCUCCGGUAGGAGGUCUUUUGAGUUCGGGCAGCUCAUGGACGGAUGACUCCACGAUGCAUGUUGUCAUUUACAUGCUUACACGCGCUGCCUGCGUGCUGAGCGAGCGUUUCAGUGAAGAUGAUCAUGGAUAUGGCGUUGGAUGGCAGUGUUCCAGUAGGCGCCAUCAGCAGCACUGGAAGGAGUUCCUGACCAAGGAAAACAUGGAUGACUCCACACUUCUCUCCAGCUUUGGGAUUUAUCACCGAAUGGGGCCAGCGCCGGGAUACACCCGGACACUGAUCACGUCCGGCUGCAAUCUAGAGAAUGCCCUGUCACUCUGGGAAAAUUUUCAGACCUGGUGCAGUGUGCCGUGGACAAGCCUUGGCACGGUGGAACGGCGCUGCCAUCUCACCCUGCGAGAAGAUCAUGGGCAGCUCCAACUGACUUUGUCGGGGCAUACAUGGCCCUACCGUACCAUUCUUCAUGAUUGGACUGGUUGCUAUGUGACAAAGGAUAUGAUUGUGGUGGAGAAGUGUCAAGGUGCCCAGUACAUUCGCCACACGCCACCUUUUCCUCCAUCGGAGUUGGGUCGCUGGCUUGCUACGCUGCAAGAGACGCAUCUGGAAAUGACUUUGGAAGGAGUGACAGACAACACCGCUCUUGCAACCAUCUCGGCUACCAUCUUGCAGCGUGCUGACUGCCUUGACAACACAACCUACCCCAACUGCAUCUUGAGGAACGAUCUGAGCUGGUGCUUCCGGCGCUUCCGGCAGGAAACAUGCUCAGGUCGUCUUGGUGCCUGCUUCUGCUUCUUCUAUGAGAUCAAUUUCUCGCAGUCGCUCUGCAUGCGGCGUGGCUGUUUCUCUGCGGUCAUCUUCUUGCCGUCAAUCUCCACGCCGUGCCAGGGCCAGCAAAAAAAGCAAGAAGAAGAAGUCCAGCGGCUGCUGCUAAGCAGCUCCAGCUGUGACUGA